AAAUGUUUAUUAUAAAUACAUGUAAUUAUACAGUAUGACAUAUCAUAUAAUCAAAAUUACUUGACUAGUUAUAAAAUAGUUAACCAGAUUAAUCUUUAAUGUGCCAUGCUAAACAAAAUAGGCUUAAAUAUCUUUACAAAAAUUGUAAAAUGUAUGAUGCCUUAAAAGUGUGUGUGUGUGUGUGCCACACUAAGCAUAGAAAACAGAAAGAGGAGAAAAGAAAAUUACAGAAAUAAAUCGCUUCCUAUAAAAAUCAACAAGCUUCUUACACCUCCCGGACCACUUUUCUUUUGAAAACUGUUCCAGUUUAAAGGGUGCAUUUUCUUAACAGCAAAUUUAGGAUCUCUCCACAUGUGAUAAAUAGGAUCUACAAGUUGGCCACUGCUGGCCACUUCAUUCUCCAUCACUGUGGUUACAUCUAUUUGUUGGUGCCAUUUUUGGGGAAGGUCAUCCUGCUAGGUUGUCCUGCUAAAAGCAUCAUUGAAACUGGGCCCUACACUGAGACCCACAAUCCUUUGGUAAUCUUUAAAUUUUUUGAUGCCUUGAACAUAGUGAAGGCACCUAUUGCCAGUGGCAGCAAAUCAAUCUCAAAACAUCUUUGGACCUCCACCAUAUUUGACUGUAGAUACUGUGUUUUUUUUACUUUGUAGGCUCCAUUCCAUUUUUGGUAAACAGUAGAAUUCACAAAAGCUCUACCUUGGUCUUAUUUUUCUACAAGAUGGUUCUCCUGCCAUAGUGUUUCAUUUAAUUUGAAUGUUGACAGGUAGUGGUGAGAUAUUUCAGGGUAGUCAGUAUUUUCAGACAUGACUGUAUUUUACACAAAUACUCAUUGUUGUACUUUGACAAGACAAAUAACUUGUCCAAGAUUAACCAUUUAUGUUACACAGUACACAAGUUCUCUGACUACACCUUGCCUCCACAUGCGCUAUAAAAUCCUUUUAAAAAGUUAGUGAGGGACCCAUAGAUAUUGUGGAUGGAUUUUUUAUUUAAUCAAGAUUAAUGUAUUGUCUUUGUUUUUGUGCAUUUUAAAAUUAUCGAACAAAAAAAAAAACACCACGCAAUAUUGUGGGCACCUCAAAUGAUUUGAGAUCUCAGAUAACUUAGACCAAAGUCACAGUCCUUGUGGUGGUGCACUAUCCUAAGUGUGUGAGUCAUUAGAAUAAACUCUAUCCUGCAUCAUUACCACACAGUUCAGCAUCGGAUGUUUCAAUGUAACAUCUAAACAAACCUGCACCCAGAAACAAGUUCUGUGGUGUUGGGGUAUGGGGCUGUAUUCCCCUAUACAUUACUGAAAAUCUGUAAAACGUUCUAUAAAGAGAAGUGUAUAAAAGAGAGUCCAAGAAUGUUACAAUUCAUCUCGCAAGGACAAACAAGAUGUGAAAAACUCUUGGAUGGCUAAUAAAGCUACUAAAUGUUUUGUAAUAAUAAUUGACAGUGUUGAGAAGUACUGACCAUGCAGGGUUCCCAAAAUAUUGCUUUAGGCUAUUUUCCUUUUCCCCCUGAUAUGUUGAAAUAAUUUAUAAUAAAAAAAAUACAUUUAAUUAAUUUAGCUUAAAUGUUAAAGAAAUGUGUUAUCUUUCACUUUAUGUAUUUUAAAGAUUAGGUCAUCUUUUACAUAAUUGGCUAUACAUAGGCUGCUAAAAUAAGUAACUGCCAAAAAGCAAAUACAGAGUUAAAAAAAAAUGCCAAAAAAUACCAUCAUUAUUAUUUUUUACUUAUAUAAAAAUGUAUUUCCUCACCCCGUCCAAUUUCAGGUGUUAUUUUACCUGCAGACCCAGAGAAGAGCUCCCGGUAAGUGUAUCUGUUGCUGGAUGUGCUGUAAAGGGUUAAUCUUUACGCAGCAAAAAUGGUGAUUCCAAAAGGCCUUUCCUGGUGCAGGGGGUGAUGCUGAUUCACCCAGUCCGAUGAGUCAAUCACAGAGGGCUAUAAAAGAAGGAGAGCCUGAAAGUUUCUUCAUGUCUCGUGUCCUGUUGCACAAAUGAAGAGAAUGCAGGUGAAUUCUUCUCUGACUCUUCUCUGCACAAUAACGGCAGCUGUGGUGACUCUAACAGCUUGCUAUCCAGCAAUUACCACCGAUAUGAUCCGGAUCAUGGCCAGAACUGCUGUGGGGAGAAUUAAAAAGAUUAAAGAUGAGCACUUCCAGAUGUCCCCCGAGAUUGACUUCGGCCCAAACACUGACACACCUAUCGAAGGUCUGACCUCCGUUCUGACGCAUCUCGACUAUCUGCAGACGAGACUCCAGGUGCCUCCUGCCACCCACCUGAGGCAGCUCCAGACGGACCUGGAGACUCUGCUCGGUAACUUGGAGAGGAUGGCCGUCUCUCAGGGCUGCCCGCUGCCCAAGCCUGGAAGUAAUGUUCACAAAGACGAUACUGCAUUCCCCAUCACCUCCAACUACCUGUACCUGCUGGAGCUGCAGCGGUACCUGGAGAAGCUCUGUCUCAACCUGGACAAGUUAAAAACUUGCUGAAAGUAAAAACAAAAAAUGUAGCAGAGCACAUGUUAAGCUUGGAAAUACUUAAGGUAUGCAUAGAUACUUGCACAUGGCAUGAAUGCAUAAAUGCACUCACAUUCUUGCAUACUGUAAAGACACACAGACUGUAUACAUAUUCACAGAUCGCAGGAUUAGUUCUCUACAUUGUUAAGUUAGAUUUCUUCUAUUUUGUAUGGUUAUUAUUAUUAUUAUUAUUAUUAUUAUUGCUUCUAUAUAUAUUACACUGCACAUUGAACUACAUUUUGAUAUUUUGGCACUGAGAUACAAUUUAUAUAACAAUGUUUACAUAUAAACUAUUGCCUUUUUUGUAAUUUAAGACAUAUUUUUGAAAGGAGGGUUUGAAGUUAUUUUUAUUAUUUUUGAUGUGUGUUUCUGUUUUUGCACCUAAUAUGUAGAAUAUGACGGCAUGUUAUGAGUAUUUAAGCUGCACAUUUUAAAAUAAUAUUAACGUUAUCUGAAUAUUUGCUGGAACUUUUAUUCACGUUUUGUAGGCCCUGAUUUUUCAUGAAAAAAAAUUUU